GGGGGGGAGUACUCUUAUGUUUUGCAUGCCUUAGCGGUUAGACCAUUGACCACGCGUCCUCGAGAGGACGGAGCAUUGUUCCCACAGGACCGAUCACCGAUGGCCAAUCGUUCCUUCCUACUUUGCGUAACAUACGAAGAGGUGGAUGGGUCAGAUGCGGCCACGCAAGAAGCGAGGAAUAACCUCUGGACCGUGAGCGGGCAUCGUGGCAAGUACCCGCAGGUGUUCAUAGAGCGGGAUGGCGAGCUCGAGUUCGUUGGCCUGUGGUCGGAUGUGGAGAGUCUCAACGAGUGCGAGGCAUUGCCCCCAGAGAUUCUCGAGGCCAAUCCGGAGAUCAAGACGUUCAAGGCCGUUUUCGGAGAUCUGGUCGUCGAGAAAGGACCCCCUCGUCCCCCCGGGGGCACCGCGGGGCAAGAAGUCCCUCAGGGGUAG